GAAUCGAAUCAUCACAAGCAAUUAAAACCACCUACAUUCAGGUAUCCACGUUGUCAUUAUUUCCCAUACGGACAUGUGGAAUUAAUGAAAGGAUUAUCUGGAUGUAGGAGCUUCCGUGAGGUCCCUGAAUGCAGCGUUGGUUUCCAAGGAGUGGCAUCUGCACCUGUCGGACCUGUUGAGGGGACACAUGACUCCGGAGGAAUUUCCCCCGCUGCUCCCUUCCUUUGUCUAACGCGGCGUUUUCGGUGGGAGACGGAGGGUGAGAGCCAGAGGAGAGGGGGAGCCAGAGAGAAGAGAGGGGGAGAUAAAGAGAUGUCGCAACCAGCCGCUGAUCCCGCUGUCACGUCGUUCCCAGCGCCAACUAUUUCUCUACCUUUGGGACUGGAAGUAUUUGGAACUUACUCUGGAGUGCUAGUCUGUGUAGAAAUAUUAUUUGGUGGUCUAGUAUGGAUCCUGGUGGCUUCCUCCAAUGUGCCUGUGCCUCUGCUGCAGGGAUGGGUGAUGUUUGUGUCCCUCACCACCUUCUUCCUGUCCUCCGCCUACCUCUUGGUCUUUGUCACUGGCCUGGCUGACCGCAUCAACACUGACUUGAACGUCUUGGAUGUGGUUUACCAUUUUAUAGCUUUGCUCUUCUACUUUGCUGCCUUUGUGUUGGAGGCAGCAACUACAGCAGCUAAUGGAGGAGCCGUCAAGCCACUGCUCAACACCACUGCAGACGUCUUGUGUGUAACCUACCGCCGGGGCAAUAUAUUCACACUCCUGGAUGACAAGCAAUACAGUCUUAAUGUUGCAGCCACGAUAUUUGCAUUUCUGGUGACACUAUGCUACGGCGGCAGCCUGGUGAUGGGCUUCAGGAGGUGGAGGAUGUCACCUUGAAAACCUGCACAAACUAGUUUUAUAACGGCUUCAUAACUUCAGCAUGUAUUAAAACAUCAGCCACACCAUCUAGAGCUCCAUUGACAGCCCUGCUGUUCAGUUCAGUGCAAACUUUUGUUAUUUCCCAAUGGAAAACUAAUACCAUCAGAUUUAUGAACAAUAAUAAUCCUGCAGGAGUUCUACUUCUGUGCUUUUGAAAAGUUCAGGUAGUCACAGUCAGGGCUGUUAAAGGUAUUUUGAUGACAGGGUUAAAGAUCCUAACAUAAUCGUGUGUGUACAUGGUUAUACAGAAUGAUUUUGCAAGAUAUGAAUGACACUAGAUAUGGUUUUGUUUGUUAAUUAUAUAAAUAUUGCCCCAUUUCCUGAAUAGUAUACACAUUGGAGGGAAUACUUCCCAUUUCCAAGAACACAAAAGAAAUGCCUAUGUAUGCUACUUGUAGGAUAUAUACUGCAGAACAUCUAUGUGAUGGUGCAAUUUAAAACCCACAUAUUGCCCCAUUUCCUGAGUCACAUCCUCAUUUGAAGGAAUAUUUCCCCUUUCCUAAACGUGCCUAUAUAUGCUGCUAACAGGUUACGCACAACGGAGCUUUAAUGUGAUGGUGCAAUUUGUCUGAAAGCCUAAAAAGCAUCAUGAGGCUUUUGCUGUCCUCUGGUUACCUUGUUGCUAUAGAGCUGUAAACACAUUUUAGAUUGAACACGAGUGCUUGUUAUUACAUUUUUAUGUAACCAUUAUUAUAAAUUGUGAGCUGAUCUGAUAUUUAAAUUUAAAAGUUGUAAUUCUUUUGUGAGCUUUUUGUCAAAUUGUAUUAUCCAGCAUAACAUGUUUUUUCACAACAGUGCAUUCCGAGUCAACAAUAGUCAUAUAAUAAUAUCUGCUAAUGUUUAAUGUUUUUUCUGAGUGCUGUCCUAUGUGGCUAAUUCCACUGUGACUUACUGAUUCAUAUCAUUUGACCAAUGUUUUAGUUAAAUAAAUCAUUAUACUUGAAACUAAUCACUUAAUCUUACAAUGAAUAAAAAAGCCUUUAUCAUAUUUCAAACAGUGAUUAUUAUCUAGUAAUGGAUCAUUUAAGUAUGUAUGGUAGUAGGUGUGUGUGUGUGUGUGUGUGUGUGUGUGUGUGUGUAGGGUCUAAUCCUUAUUGUAACUGUGUUGAUGCAUCAUAACAUUACAAAAUGAUUAACUAUCUUGCUACAUGAUUAGUUGUAUUUACUGAUUAUUUGUGUUUGCAUCUGCGUCUGUUUUUUGACACCUGCUUUCUGUUUGUUUUUGACAUUUUUAAUGACUAAAUAAAGGUUUUGAA